UGCUCGGGCUCCCGCGCAUGUGCCGCCGCCCCCCCUCCGCCGUCGCGGCUUGCUGCUCCUCCCUCGAUCGCCGCCCAAGAGAGCGGAGCCGGAGCCAUGAAGGAUCGGACGCAGGAGCUGCGCACGGCUAAGGACAGCGACGAUGACGAUGACGUCACUGUCGGAGUGGAUCGGGACCGCUUCAUGGAUGAGUUUUUUGAGCAGGUGGAAGAGAUCCGGGGGUUCAUCGACAAGAUCGCGGAGAAUGUGGAAGAGGUGAAGCGGAAGCACAGUGCCAUCCUUGCGGCCCCCAACCCCGACGAGAAAACCAAGGAGGAGCUAGAGGAGCUCAUGUCUGACAUCAAGAAGACAGCCAACAAAGUGCGCUCCAAGCUAAAGAGUAUUGAGCAGAGCAUCGAGCAGGAGGAGGGGCUCAACAGAUCGUCAGCAGAUUUGAGAAUAAGAAAGACACAGCAUUCCACCUUGUCCCGGAAGUUUGUGGAAGUGAUGUCAGAGUACAACGCCACCCAGUCGGACUACCGGGAGCGCUGCAAGGGCAGGAUCCAAAGGCAGCUAGAAAUAACUGGCAGAACCACCACCAGUGAGGAGCUGGAGGACAUGUUGGAGAGUGGGAACCCUGCCAUUUUCUCUUCUGGGAUCAUCAUGGACUCCAACAUCACGAAGCAGGCGCUGAACGAGAUCGAGACUCGGCACAGCGAGAUCAUCAAGCUCGAGAACAGCAUCCGGGAGUUGCACGAUAUGUUCAUGGACAUGGCCAUGCUAGUGGAGAGCCAGGGCGAGAUGAUUGACCGCAUUGAAUACAACGUGGAGCACUCGGUGGACUACGUGGAGAGGGCCGUCUCGGACACCAAGAAAGCAGUCAAGUACCAGAGCAAAGCCAGGCGGAAGAAGAUCAUGAUCAUCAUUUGCUGCGUGGUGCUGGGCAUUGUGAUCGCCUCAACAGUUGGCGGGAUUUUCGGCUAGAAGCCCAGGACUCUUUUUUUGGGGGGGGCGCAGAGGUGGAGAGUGCCUGGGCCCAGCCAGACAGCCGCGACCCCCAGACCCUGCAGCAGCAGAAGCAGCAGCAGCCACCACCCCGGGGUGAACUGGCCCACCAGCACUGCUCCCGUCUCUUAUGCAUGAUUGUUCGUGUUAAUGCUGCGUGUCCAGUGCAGUGGGGUGGGGGGUGGGAGGAAGGCCACAGGCACAUGCAAUUUCCCCACCUGAUCUCCUCAAAGGGACACCCCCUCCCUUCGCUUCCACUGGCCAACGACUCACCUCCUCUGUGUUUUCUUUCAUCCCAGUGAGGUCCCUCUCUUUCUUCUCUUUCCUCUCUGCCUUCAAAGGUGAGUUUGCCAACAAAGGUGUGCAAAAUUGGACCCUGCUCUCUCCCAGGGGAAGGGCCAAUAUUUUCUCUUUCUCUUUCCAUCCCCUGCUCUCUCCAGCCACAGAAUGGGCAGGCUGGUCCCUUCUGACUCUGCUCUGAGCCACUUCUUUUUCCUGCCAGGUUCUUGCCCUACACCAUCAAGGCCUGUCUACUUAUUUAAAACAGGACGCCACCUUUUCACUUAAGGCGGC